UGGAUGACUUACAUUUAUAUUUUGACAACAUUGCAUCUCGGGGGAAAAAACAUGGAAACGACUUUUAUUUCCCGAUUUUGAAUGGAUGCCUGAAUGGAUCAGCAGCCUGAUUUUUUUUUUUUAAUGAUUUUGAAAAGGCAAGAGGUGGUUGAAGAGCCAAGCAUUGCAGAAUGCCUCACAAGAUAGGGUUUGCAGUGGUCAGCUCCUCUGGAAAUGAGGAUGGCUACAGUGCCAAGGAGCUGAUGGUUCAUGCACCUACUGUCAAUGGAUGGAGAUCUACCAGGUCUUGCUUGUAUCCCCAAGUAAUUAUCCUUCAGCUGGUGGAACGUUGCCGGAUUCGGAAACUCCAGUUACUGGCUCACCAGUACAUGAUCUCUGCUAAAAUCGAGUUCUACGUCAGUGACAGCUUGCCAGAGUACUUUUCACCCAAUCAGUCAGACAGGUUCCAAAGACUUGGGUAUGUAUCGUUAUCAGACAAUGAAAAGACAGGUUUUAAAGCUCGGGAAUUGAAGUCUGUCCAUGUAGAUGCCGUGGGACAAUACCUGAAACUCAUCUUCCAUAAAAACCAUGUGAACCGCUACAACCUGUACAAUCAGGUUGCUUUGGUUGCAGUAAAUGUUCUCGGAGAUGCUGUGGAUGGCGAAAUGCAGGGCACCCCCACAAAAGAGCAGCUGAUUGAACAUUACCUUCACAACACUCAUGAGGAUUCUGCUCUGGAUGGAACCUAUCUAGAUAAACUGGACUCGAUAUCCCCUCUGGAUGACCUGGCAUUUGAUAUGUAUCAGGACCCGGAAGUGGCUCAGAUAAUCCGCAAGCUGGACGAGAAAAAACAAGACGCAGUCCGAAUGGAGCGCUACGACCUUGCCAAGAAACUCAAGCAGGCUAUAGCUGACUUACAAAAGGUUGGGGAACGCUUGGGUCGGUACGAGGUGGAGAAACGCUGUGCUGUUGAGAAGGAGGACUAUGAUGUUGCCAAACUGAAGAAACAGCAGAUGGACGAGUAUCGGCGGAAGGUGUAUCUGGAGAUUGAGCUGCACAGCCUGCUUGAUAUGGGUCCGAGAACUGAAGAAUUCCCCUUGGAGCCACUGGGUUACUCUAGCAGUCCUCGGCAGCCGAAGCCGAAAGAGUCAUCAAAGCAUAAACAAGGGAAGAGCAUUGAAAAAGCUCCCAAAUCUGAACCAGAGCGUGUCUCUCCAAACCCUACUCCUCCACAGCGCACCCCAACCCCUCCACCCACUCCCCAACCACAACCUCCGGUACCCAAGAUCAAUAUUGAUGCCCUGCCAUACGAUGAGAGACCCCUACCUGCUCUGCGCAAACAGAUGGGAGAGACUCAGAACCAGCUGCCAGAGCCGGAAACCCCAGAGUCUGCCACAACUGCAAGGAGCACAGGCAUCACCGGAGAGCCGGAGCCCAUGACAGAGAAGGCUGUGAGGGAGGCCAGCUUCCCCAUCGAAGUGUACGGAGAGGGCUUGGUUGCAGGAGCCUACUCUAAGACCUGGUCUUACCGGGAGGAUGCCCUGCUGGCAGUCUAUAAGAAGCUGAUGGAGGUCCCAGCUGGAACUUCCAAAGAUGACCUGAAGACCAUGAUGCGAGCUGCUGUCUUUCUUGUACGGAAAGCCCUUGUGGACAAGGUUGCAUCUGUAUUCCAAGCCUCUCUGAAGCUUUUGAAGAUGAUAAUUACCCAGUACAUUCCUAAACACAAACUGGGUAAAGUGGAGACCAGUCACUGUGUGGAAAUGAGCCUACCCUACCUGAUUGCUAAAACUGGAGACUCUACCACCCGGCUUCGCGUUGUGGCUACAGAUUUCAUCAGGGAGAUGGCACUGUUUAAAGAGGUCAUGCCACUACAGGCCAUCCCUGCGGAGCUGGUAAAGCCUCUGAAACCCAGUACCCUGGCUCGGCUAGCCUUGAGCCAGCUGGAGCUGCUGGAGCGCCUGCUGAAAGACCUGGGCACUGACAACUCCGGCUUCACCAUGGACAACGUCAUGCGGUUUGCGGUGGGGGCUCUAGAGCACAGUGCGUCGGAAGUGCGGGACACAGCGGUGAGAAUAAUCCAGAUCAUGUACCGGAAAAACAAGAGCGCUGUCCUGGAAUACCUCCCUGCAGACGACGCCAACACCCGCAGAAACAUCCUCUACAAAAACAUGUUCGAUGGGUUUGCAAAGAUAGACGGUCGACCGACUGAGACGCAGGCGAAAACUCAGAAGAAGGCUGCCACACAGGAGGCAGAGAAACGGAAGAAAGAGGAGAUUCGAGUCCUUCAGGAACAGCUGGCAUCCCUGAAGGAGAUCCAGUCAGGGCAAGCGAGCAAGGGCAAGGAGCGGGACACCCACAAACCCGCUAAAGCAGCGGGGAAGAAGGCCCCUCUUGUCCCACCCCCUGACAUUGGGGAUGACCAGUCUUCCAUUGCAAAUUAUUUAGAUAACCUGUGUAUAUUUUGUGGAGAGAGAGAUGACUCGUUUAAUGAGGAAGGCUUGGAUCUUCAUUACUGGAAGAACUGUCCCAUGCUGAGGCGCUGUGAACACUGCAGACAGGUAGUGGAGAUAGCCAGCCUGAUGGAUCACUUACUGACAGAGUGUGAUAAGAAGGACAGCUUUGGGAAGUGUCCGCGCUGCACUGAAGCCAUUCCCAAACAAGAGCUGACUGAACACGUCAGAGCUAAAGCAUGUACCCCUGCAAAGUCGGAUAAAGUAGCCAACCACUGCCCGUUGUGCCACGAGAACUUCGCACCAGGAGAAGAGUCCUGGAAAUCUCACCUGAUGGGGAAGGAAAGCUGUAAAAUGAACCAGCGCAGGAUGCAGAGAACACAGCAGGUGCAGCAAGGAAAGAUGGGAGGUCUGUCUGUGACAAAACCAGGGGUGAAGGGUCGAUCCCCGUCUAUUGUGACCAAGAUCCCAGCCCCUAAAACCGGACUCAACAAAACAAGCAGCAGGACCCCGGCCAAGCGAUGACCCCGUGCGGCUCAUACCCUCGCCACACAGCGCAGACAACGUGCAUUUUAGUUCUUCCUAGGAUGAUGCA